AUGGCUACGAAGACCAUCAGCAUGGUGUCCGAAGGGAAGAAAAUGAAGCUCAAGAGCCUUCUGCUCAGAUAUUACCCGCCAGGAAUUCUGCUGGAAUAUGAAAAAAGUGGAGAAUUGAGGACCAAAUCCAUAGAUUUGCUUGAGCUCAGUUCUAGCACUGAUGUUGGGGCCUUGGUUGAAGAGAUACAGAAAGUAGAGCCCCUGAUCACAACAUCGAGAACGCAGCAGCUCACACUGCUAGUCCAGAGGCUGCAGGAGAAACUCGCCCAGCACAGUGACCACAGCUUCUACCUCUUCAAGGUUCUCCGGGCACACAUCCUGCCGCUGACAAAUGUCGCUCUCAACAAAUCUGGCUCAUGCUUUAUCACAGGAAGCUAUGACCGGACGUGCAAGGUGUGGGACACCACAUCGGGGGAAGAGCUGCACACCCUGGAAGGCCACGGCAACGUGGUGUACACCAUCGCCUUCAACAACCCCUAUGGAGACAAAAUUGCCACGGGGUCCUUUGACAAGACUUGCAAACUCUGGAGUGCGGAGACAGGAAAAUGCUACCACACCUUUAGGGGCCACACGAAAGAGAUCGUGUGUUUAUCAUUUAACCCUCAAAGCACAGUGGUAGCCACUGGCAGUAUGGAUAGAACGGCCAAGUUGUGGGAUAUUGAGAAUGGAGAUGAAGUGUUCACUCUAACGGGACAUUUGGCAGAGGUUAUUUCCUUGUCAUUUGAUACCUCGGGAAACAGAAUCAUCACAGGGUCCUUCGAUCAUACAGUAGUGGCGUGGGACACCGCAACCGGAAGGAAGAUGUACACCCUCAUUGGUCACUGUGCGGAGAUCAGCAGUGCAAUGUUCAACUGGGAUAGCUCUCUCAUAUUAACAGGCUCCGUGGACAAGACCUGCAUGUUGUGGGAUGCUACAAACGGGCGAUGUGUGACGACGUUAACAGACCAUGACGAUGAAGUGCUGGAUAGUUGCUUUGACUACACGGGGAAGCUCAUUGCCACAGCUUCUGCAGACGGGACAGCAAGAAUUUAUUGUACAGCCACGAGAAAAUGCAUUAUCAAAUUGGAAGGCCAUGAAGGCGAAAUUUCAAAGAUUUCUUUCAACCCCCAAGGGAACCGGCUCCUGACUGGCAGCUCUGACAAGACAGCCAGAAUAUGGGAUGUCCAGACCGGCCAGUGCCUCCAGGUUUUGAAGGGGCACACUGAUGAGAUCUUCUCAUGUGCUUUCAACUACAAAGGCAACCUAGUCAUCACAGGUAGCAAGGAUAACACCUGCAGAAUAUGGCGUUGA